AUGUCGGACAUCAAAAACGUUGUCGUUGUCGGUGGUACUGGCAACUUAGGGGCUCCCAUAGUCCAGGCUCUCGCAGCCUCAGGGGCUUUCACCGUAUCCAUUCUAACUCGCAGCGGCUCGGCAAGUCGCGCGUUCCCAGAUGGCUUUCGUAUACUCGACACAGAUUACUCUCCGUCUUCACUCGAAGAGGCUUUCAAUGGCCAAGACGCUGUCGUCAGCGCCGUCGCAGGUGCCGCUCUGGGAGAACAAAAAAAAUUGAUUGAUGCAGCCGUCGCGGCUGGGGUGAAACGGUUCAUUCCAAGCGAAUUUGGAAGCAAUACCGAUAACAAGGAAGCCCAAGAACUCGUUCCUAUCUUCUCUCGAAAGGUUGAAAUAAAAAAUUACCUUGAGAGCCAAACUAGCAAUGGGUUGACAUGGACUGGGAUUGUCACCGGUCCAGUUUUUGAUAGGAGCUUAAAGCUAGGCGUUCUAGGUUUCGACAUAUCAGCCCGCCGUGCAACUAUAUACGACUCAGGAGACCGUCCAUUCACCGCCUCAACUGUUGCCCAAGUCUCAUCGGCCGUCAUUGGAGUUCUACAAAACCCAGACAAAACUGAAAACAAAUACGUAUAUGUUGGAUCCUUCACAACCGCUCAAAACGAGAUCUUAGCGACUCUGGAAGCGGUGACAGGCGAUAGCUGGAUCGUUGACAAAACAAGCAGCACUGAGAAAGUUGAAGCUGGCAAAGAGCAGGUGUUGAGAAGAAGGGACAGCACUGCUAUCAGGCCUUUGAUCACGGCGGCGAUGUACCACGAACGAAGUGGAAGCGAUUUUGAGACUGAGCUUGGACUUUCUAAUGAGGUGCUAGGAUUGAGCAAGGAGGAUCUCGCGACAGUCAUUAAGCAGGUUAUUAGUGAGCUAUAA